CCCUCGGCUCGUGGGGGGUUUCCUACCCCCAGUCCGUGCGUGGCCUCGGGGGGUCCUGCGUGGUGGUGCCCUGCACCCUGAGCUACCCCGAGGACGUGGCGACCGCCCAGGGCAUCGUGGCCAUCUGGUACAAGGACUACGACGGCCCCCGGACCCCGGUGUUCCACUCGGCCGCCCCCCAGGAGGUGGACGCCCGGUUCAGGGGCCGCGCCCAGCUCCUGGGGGACCCCUCGGCCCGGAACUGCACCCUGCUGCUGCGGGGGGUCACCCCGGGGGACGGGGGGCCCUACAGGUUCCGCUUCGAGAUCGUGGGCGGUGACCGGUGGUCGGCGGCGCGGGACGUGGUGCUGAGCGUGUCGGAGGAGCCGGAGCCCCCGAGCGCCGCCGCCCCCCAGGACCUGAGGGAGGGGCAGAGCUCCAGCCUGGAGUGCUCCACGCCCUACGCCUGCCCCGGGGGGGACACCGUCCUGCGCUGGGAGGGACACGACCCCCGCGCCGCCACCCUGGCCGGCCGGCUGCAGCUGGACACCAGUGGGGUGGGCCAGCAGCUGACCCUCAGCACCUCCUUCUCCUGGAGGGACCACGGCAAGAAGCUGCUCUGCGAGGUCUCCCACGGCUCCGGGAAGGCGAGCACCGAGGUCGUGCUGCGGGUGAGACACGCCCCCAAGGACGUCCAGGUGCGGGUCAGUCCCUCCUCGGGGAACAUCCACGUGGGUGCCACGGUGGCCCUGAGCUGCGAGGUGGGCAGCAGCCACCCCCCCGUCUCGGGGUACCUCUGGUACAAGGACGGGGCCGCCGUGGGCAGCGAGAGGGUGCUGACCCUGCGGGGGGUGCGGCGGGAGGACCACGGGCGGUACCACUGCGAGGCCCUGAACGCCCUCGGGGCUGGCACAGCGCCCGCCACCACCCUCCACGUGUUCUCCGCAGAGGUCUCGGCGAGCCCCGCGGCCGAGGUGCGGGAGGGGACGGCCACCACCCUGUCCUGCGACGUGCCGGGCCGGGAGGGGCAGGACCUCAACUACACGUGGUACAGGAACGGCGCGUGGCUGCAGGAGGGCACUGCCCACACCCUCCUCUUCCCCGCGGUGGCCGCGGGCGACGCCGGCUACUACUCGUGCAAGGUGGCAAACGGGCAGGGCAGCGACACGGCCCAGCCGCUCAGCCUCAGCGUGACCUAUCCCCCCCGGACCCCCACCCUGACGCUCUUCCAGGAGACCCAGGGGGGCCGGCUGGUCAUCGUCCGCUGUGCCGUGGACAGUCACCCUCCGGCCACCCUGGCCAUCGACCGCGACGGCACCGUGCUGGCCACCAGCGGGCCACAGGUGGCCCCGCCCCAGAGGUUCGGGGUGGCCGCCUCCCGCAACGCCCUGCGGCUGGAAAUCCGGGCUGCGGGGCCCCGGGACAGCGGGAAGUACCGCUGCACCGCCACCAACGCCCACGGCAGCGCCAGCGCCGCCAAGGACCUGCUCACCCGCGGCGCAGAGCUCCUGAUCCAGCCCUCGGCGGAGGUGCCGGAGGGGACCGCGGUCACCCUGACCUGCGUGGGGACGGGGGAGGCGGCGGGGGAGCCCCUCUACACGUGGUACCGGAACGGGCAGAGGCUGCGGGAGGGCCCGGCCCCGACCCUGAGCUUCCCCUCCGUGCGCGGGGACGACGCGGGCGCCUUCCAGUGCCGGGUGCGGGGCAGCAACGGCAGCGACAGCGGCGCGUCGGGGGCCGUCCCGCUCCGAGUGCUCUACCCCCCGAGGCCGCCGGUGCUGAGCUCGUUCCUGCAGAGCCGGGGCGGGCGCCGGGGGAUCCUCCAGUGCUCCGUGCAGAGCGACCCCGAGUCCAACCUGACCCUGCGCAGGGGGGACGCGCUGCUGGCCUGCACCGGGGGCUGCCCCCCGGCCCCCCGCGUCCGUGUGACCCCCUCCUACAACAGCCUGAGGGUGGAGAUCCAGGACGUGGUGCUGGAGGACGAGGGCACCUACGUGUGCCAGGCUGGGAACGCGCGGGGCAGCGCCAGCGCCGCGCUGGAGUUCAGGGCUGACACUGCCACCGUCACCGUGUCCCCCUCGUCCCACGUGCCGGAGGGCGACAGUGCCAACCUCACCUGCCACCUGAGCAGCGACUCCCCGGCCGUGCCCAACGUCACCUGGUACCACAACGGGCAGUGGGUGGCCGAGGGCAGCACGCUGGUGCUGGGGCGCGUGGCCAGCGCCCACUCGGGGCUGUACCGGUGCCAGGCCAGCACUGGCAGCGGCACCAGGAGCUCCCCGGCCGUGCUCCUGGAUGUGCUGUACCCCCCCCGGGCCCCGCAGCUCCGGGCGUUCCUGGAGGCGGAGCGGGGCCGCCUGGCCGUGCUGGAGUGCUCGGUGGGCAGCAACCCUCCGGCCCGGCUGGCGCUGCUGCGGGGGCCGGACCCGGUGGCCACGGGCUCGGGGGGGAGCGGCCCCCGGGUGCGCGUCAGGGCCGCCCCCAACUCCCUGCGCGUGGAGAUCCGGGAGGUGACGCCGGCGGACGACGGGACCUACCGGUGCUCGGCCAGCAACGCGCUCGGCACCGCCGAGACAGCGCUGUACCUGCGCGUGCAGG